AUGGCUGCCUCCCACCUUCUCAUAUGUUUCUGUGUCACGGCAGGAAAGAAUGGAGAAGAUCUAGGAGUUGAUGAACAGCAGAUAGUCGUAUUUGUCUCUCUACUUUUCGAUGUGACAAAUUGUAAGGUAAUCGCCGUCCAACAUCAAUAUGUCCGGCCACAGCCAACAGAAUUGUCAGAAACCGUCCUUACUGAGGAAUGUAAACUGGAGACAGGACUGGAUGAGGAUGUUAUAAAGAAUUCUCAGCCCCUUGAACACGUACUUGAUGAGUUCGAAAGAUUUCUCUCCGCAAAAGGAGUACAUCCGGAAAAUGGCGGAAAAUCGUUUUGUCUACUAACUGAUGGACAGUCACAUCUACGUCAGUGUCUUCACCCAGAGGCUAGCAAUAAGAAUGUCUCCAUACCCAGCUAUUUUAACAAAUUCUUUGAUCUAAGGAAACAGUUUAGAAAAUUUUACAAAACGGACAAUAUACACAACAUCAAGUCAAUGGUGGAUUAUCUAGGAUUACAGGAAGACCAUUCUGUAGAGUAUGGUGUCCGACAAGUCCAGGAAAUGGCCGGAAUAGUGCAACGACUCAUCAAUGAUGGUCACACAUUUGUCGAGCCUGACGUCAUUAAUGAACGACUGGAGCCAGGGAUUUGCUCUAAAACUGAUAUUGUUGACGACAAUUCUGUUGUACGAGCACGUGGUUUGCCAUGGCAGUCAUCAGACCAAGACAUUGCACGGUUCUUCAAGGGACUCAAUAUAGCCAAGGGAGGUGUGGCCCUUUGUCUCAGCCCCCAGGGCCGGAGGAAUGGGGAAGCCCUAGUAAGAUUUCAGGAUGGAGAACACCGGGACUUAGCUCUAAAACGGCACAAACAUCACAUUGGCCAGAGAUACAUCGAGGUGUACAAAGCGUCAGGAAAAGACUUUGUGGACGUGGCUGGAGGAAGUAACACUGAGGCACAGGCUUUCCUUUCGCGUGGUGGACAGGUCAUCAUUCGCAUGCGUGGACUUCCUUUCACGUCGACUUCACAACAAGUGCUAGAAUUCUUUGCAAGAGAACCCAAUCCGUGCACAGUUUUGGAUGGCGAGGACGGGAUCCUAUUUGUUCACUACCCAGAUGGACGAUCAACUGGAGACGCCUUUGUGCUCCUGGCCUCAGAAGACGAGGCUUGCAAUGCCCUUAAAAAGCACAGAGAGAUAAUGGGAACUCGCUACAUAGAACUAUUUAAAAGCACAACGGCCGAAGUGCAACAGGUUCUGAACCGCAGUAUGGACCCACGCAAUCCAGAACCUCUAGAGACGCAGUUGCCGCCACUGAUUGCCCAAAUACCCCAACAGGCGGCUCUGCCUUACAUUCCCCAGAAUCUGAUCACGAGUGGCACAAAGAGAGAUUGUGUGAGAUUGCGCAAUCUGCCAAGUGUUGCCCAGGUGACAGAUAUUUUGAAUUUUCUAGGAGAAUUUUCACAGUUCAUCGUCUACCAAGGAGUUCAUAUGGUUUAUACUGCCCAGGGAGAACCUUCUGGCGAGGCCUUCAUUCAGAUGGAUUCAGAGGAGGCUGCACAACUCACAACACUGAACCGAUACAAGAAAGCAAUGGUUUUUGGUCAGAAGAAAAGGAUUAUUGACGUAAUCCAGUGUUCUGGGGAAGAUAUGAACCUUGUACUCACCAGUGGUAUAAGUAGCUUCCCUCCUGCUCUUCCACCUGCCACCCUGGCUCCCCAGCCGCCACCUACCCAGCUUGUACAGCGCCAGCUCAUUUCUCCAGCUCUACAUCCUGCCCCAACCAUGAUUCCGACGUCGGCGUUGACCACCCCUACGCUGCCAUAUGCCCACUUGCCACAGCCGUUCCAGGCGACCUUUCCACCAGCUGCCGUGACACCAAUACCACCACGACCGACUUAUUAUCCGCCAAUAAUUUACUGGUACCCUAGCCCUCCUAUUUCUCCACAGACUAUAGUUUCACACACUUGCCCUGUCGUCUUGCGAGGCCUCCCUUUUAACACCUCCAUGCAAGAUUUAAUGGCCUUCUUCAAUGGCUUUCCAGAGGUAACACCUGAAAAUAUACAGAUUCAGGCUCUACCAGACGGCAGACCUAGCGGAGAGGCUGUUGUGACAUUCAUGACACGCGGUGAAGCUGAACGUGCAAUAAUUCAACUGAAUAAACACACCAUUGGAAACUGUGUCAUUGACCUAUUUCUCGUGUGAUAACCAGUGCAUUCGGACAUUUCCUGA